AGUUGAUUCGAGUAUAAACAAAAAUAAGCUUUUCAUCUUAGAGUUCGUCGAGUUGAUGAUUAAUAUUAUCUCAGACGUCUGCUUAUCGGUUAAUGCUUAGGGCAUUCAAGAAUUUAAAUAACAACCUGUUCACUAGAAGCGCACGAAAAAUGAAUGUAGAACCAUUUCCCCUGAAUUUCAUGGAGCCGUUAAAUUGGCCACCAUUGCACUUAAACGGAAAUUUCAAUGAAUUCACCAGAAGCCAAUUGGAAAUCUGCAAAGGUAUAAUCAAACCGAGCACAAAAAUUGAGGAUGUACAUAUUGAGGAAUUUAUGGAAAUAUCCGAUAGAUUUCCUGCCGAGUUUGCCACGGAUAAUUGUCGGGUGAAGGCGCAGCCGCCACAGCGACGUGAAAUUAUACGGGAGCAGAUCGCCUCUGCUUAUCCCAUUGUACAUGAGUGUACCCUAAUGCUCUAUUUUAGUUUUCUGGAGCAUAAACAAAGGUUUGGCAAUGAAAAGGAGCGACGCAUUUAUAGGGACUUAGGCCUGUCGCAGUUCGUGCAACGUUUGCUAACCAAACGCUGUGUAUUCUUCUAUGGCACCAGCGACCACUACAAGCUGCUCAAUGGCAGCACAGGCGAUGGCGGCUUUGAGCAAAUCGGCACUGCCGAGGAGCAGGCGCCAUUGCUGCUGGAACAUGUGCUAAGCUAUGAUGAGAUAAAGCUGUCGGCAUUGCUUUAUGCCACAACACACUCGGAGUUUAUCAACAAUGGGGCACGCAACAAUGCAGGACUAGUGGAGGCGGAUAAGCGAAGCUUUGAAAGGGAGGGAGUCAUCAUUGGCAUGAUUGGUGCACGUUUCGAGCGACCCGAAGUAAUGGAGUAUGAGGAUAUAUUGGUAACACCGUCUCAAAAUACGGUAAAGAAUGGUUAUGGCGCGAAUGGUGAAGCCGCAGCCAACAAUCGUGAACGCGACUAUCGACGCAUGUGGCGUGAGUUCUAUGACGAGCCCAAGGAUUUUCUCUGGAGCGAUGAGGAAGAGCUAAAAAGCAAACGCUUUGAAAAGCAAAUGGAUAUGAACAAGUUUGACAAGCUGCUAAUGAGCAAGCGCUAUGCUGUAAGCUUCGAUACGCUUCUCCUGGAAGCUGAGGCGCGUGCCAAAGCCGCCGGCAAGCCUGCCUAUAUACAUAUGGUGGGCUAUGGCUUGGGUGUUUGGCAGGUCACUGAGGUGCAGCAAGAGCUCUUUUUUGAGCAGCUUGAGGCACGCAUGCGCGCUUUGGGCUCAAAGCUAACGCACAUUGGCGUAAUGCACUUGUCCUGGUUUCAUAUUCCCUACUGGGGUGGCAUACGUCAUGGUCGCCGCGUUAACAACAUUGAGAUACGCAUUUCCCGACGCAAUCCGGCGGACAAGCUUGAUCAGGAUAUGUUGCCUAUUGUUACCUAUGCCUGGGACGCCAACGCUUUGCCUGGCAAUGAGUUCUGGAAUCAUGCGCUGGGUGGUACUAGUGAUCCCGCAGCUGCCGCCUCCACGCUGAUUUCGGAGCUACAAAAUCCACAUAUUAAUUACAAGUAUAUGUCGGGCGAUAAUUUGCAUAUAGCUUCCGCUGAAUACGGCGUGCUGCACAUCGCUGAUUAUGCUCAAAAGAUUAUCGGUUAGAAUUACCCGAAAAUUUUAUUAAAAUAUAUAGUAGAGCAGAAUAUACAUAUUUAAUCUUUGUCAGCGUGUUGCUAAUAUUCUUAGAACCUCUGGGUUCAUUUUACUUGAAACAUAUAGAUAAGCAUACAUAUAUACCCUAUGUUCUAUUGGUAUCGAACAUUCCGUAUUGUCUAUCUUAUAGUGUUUGCUGAUUUCUUGUAAAAACUUUGACAAAGAUUUUUUGAAACAGUUUUUGGUGCCAUAAUUUAUUGAAAGUUUUAACUGUGCAAUUAUUUGAAAGCUUUUAUUUAUCUACACUUUGACUUUACACUUUGUUUAAUUGAAUUGAGUCGAUUGGACUAUCUCCUAGAUUUGUCAAGGUGUGUAUAAAAAUUUGUUGGCUGGCAACUUUAGCUGGUACAUCAAAUAUAUAUACUAUGUACUUUAUCUGUAAAAAUAUUUUUUGUAUACUAUACUAU